AUCAGUUUCAAGCAGUCUCUCAAGUUGUGAACAACGGUAAAAUCCUAGUUCAGUGACAGUUCAAAAAAUAUCAAUAUCAAAGAAACAAAUUGUGUAGACUUUUAGUGAAAAUGGUGCAAAAUAUGUCUGGUUUGGAGUUUAAGACAAAUUUCUCAAUCGAUGCAAUCCUCUCGAACAAUGUUAAAAAGGAAUGUAUUCAGGAAGUGAGUGUGAAAAAGGAGAACGUGUUGGCAGCGAGUUUUUGCGACGGCGAAUUAACUUCAUCAUCGGAGGACUUUGAACAUCCAUCGAGGACCAGUACACCGAUGAGCAGUGUAGCCGAGUCGCUAUCGUCUGGUGAAGACAAGAUCGAUGGGGAAAGUUGUGAUGGGGAUGGUGACGGUGAUGCUGAUAGCAGUGACGACAAGAAAGAUGGUGACGAGAAGAAGCCUCCAUACAGUUAUAACGCCUUGAUCAUGAUGGCAAUUCAGGAUAGUCCCGAACAGCGCCUGACUUUGAACGGUAUUUAUCAAUAUCUGAUGAAUCGAUUCCCAUACUUCAAGAUGAACAAGCGCGGUUGGCAAAACUCUAUACGCCACAACCUAAGUCUCAACAAGUGCUUCACCAAAAUUCCCCGCAGUUACGACGAUCCCGGCAAGGGCAACUACUGGAUUCUGGACCCCAGUGCCGAGGAAGUGUUCAUUGGAGAAACCACUGGCAAGUUGCGCCGCAAGAACCCUGGAGCAAAUAGAUCCAGAUUGGCAGCCUACCGACAAGCAGUCUUCUCACCCAUUCUCGGAGGUUAUGGAGGUGCUCCCCAAUUCAGUGCAUCGCCUUACAGCAACUAUGUGGGAGCAGCAGCAGCUGCUGCCCUCUACCACCGCCUGGCUCCACCAUCCUACCAUGCUAGUUUCCCCGGACAGAACCCAUACCAAGCAAAUCCAUACGGCAUGUCCAUGCAGCAAGCAGCAAUGAAUCCCGCAGAAAAGCUCCAGCGAAUGCAAUUCUUCAACAAAUACGGAACCAGUUAAAUCAUCGCGUGAUUCCUCCUGGGAAGCCAUUUUGAAUGGCCUCUUUGCCGAGGCCAUAUUGAUGUGAUCAGUGAUCAGCCUUGUUGUGACAAAGUCGUGUAACUCAUCCACCAAGUGGGAAACCAAAACAAACGGGUCCACAUUUAAAUGACCGAUAUUAUAGAUGAAUAGGGGGGCGGAACAGUCCUAAAAAUUCACUCUGCAGGCGAGUCCGUUGUGAUGCGUUGAUGGGAACUCGUCCACUCAAAAAAAGAGCAACAAACAAAAUUGUAACAAAACUUUUCUUUUGUUUAUUAAUAAAUAAAUUUAUAUUCAAAUGAA